AUGAUCGGAGUAGGGAAGAUCAAGCAGUACACUAACGUCCUCGACAAACCCCUUAGCAAGGGCAAGCAAGAGGUCAGUUUGAGUGCAUUUGCAUUCUUAUUUUCAGAGCUUGUUCAAUACAAUCAGACCCAAGUUGACAACAUUGGUGAAUUAGAACGAAGGUUGGAGGAUGCAGGAUAUGCUGUUGGGGCACGUGUUUUGGAACUUCUUUGCCAUAGGGAAAAGGGAAACAGAAGGGAGACCCGAUUGUUGGGUAUCUUAUCUUUUGUACAUAGUACAGUAUGGAAGGUGUUGUUUGGUAAGGUAGCUGAUUCACUUGAGAAAGGCACUGAACAUGAAGAUGAAUACAUGAUCAGUGAAAAGGAGCUCCUUGUUAACAGAUUUAUUUCUAUACCAAAAGACAUGGGAGCAUUUAACUGCGGGGCAUUUGUUGCUGGAAUAGUAAGGGGUGUUUUGGAUAGUGCAGGUUUUCCAUCAGUGGUAACGGCUCAUUUUGUACCUGUGGAGGGCCAGCAGCGACCACGUACAACCAUAUUGAUAAAAUUUGCUGAAGAGGAAACAGUGCUUGACAUGCAUCUGAAACCUGGCCUAACUGGAGCUGAGGCUGCAAAUGAACCAAGCUAUCCUGCUGGAGUAAUGGGCUGUUCAAUUUUGCCCUGUUGGAAUUUGGCCACAAGUUGA